GUACGUAUAUUGAUAGAAUGAUAAAAUAAAGAGCACUUUUCACUAUCUCUCAACAGUUUGUCGGUUUUAACCACAUCACGUUUGAUUAACAGCGGCUGUGGUCUUGCAGAAGGGAUAUUUUUGUGAGUGGAAGUUGCAAGUUUGAGUAAACAUAUUUGAAUUGCCGCAACGACUUGAAAUGUUGGCUGAAAAAGUGCACUUGGCGGAAGGUUCUACAAAACCUCCUGUCGAGAAUGGUUUUGUACGCAUUUACGCGAUGCGCUUCUGCCCGUUUGCUCAGAGAAGCUUGCUUGCUGCGACCGCUAAAGGGAUAAAGUUCGACGUAGUAAAUAUUAAUUUGGAGAAAAAACCCAAGUGGUUUUUGGAGAUGAACCCGGCGGUUCCCAUCCUUGAGCAUGAUGACGGCAGAUUUGUUAUCGAGUCGUUGAUUGUGGCCGACUACAUAGACGAAAUUGGAGACAGCAAUAUUAGCCUCCACCCAAAGGAUCCUUACAAAAAGGCCAAAGACCGAGUUCUCGUUGACAAAUUCAGCUCCGUAAUUGGACCAUUUUUAAAUUGCCUGAUGAGUUUCGGUAAACCUGAGCCAGACGUGAAACUCUUUGAUGCAUUUCUCAACAAUCUGGACAGAUACGAAACUGAGCUCAAGAGCAGGAACUGUGAAUUUUUUGGUGGCGAGAAACCAGCCAUGCUAGACUUCAUGAUUUGGCCUUUGUUCGAACGUUUCGAACAGUUCGCUAUCUUUGGUGGCAAGGAAUUUCUUCUGCCCGAGAAGCGUUUCCCAAAAUUGUUGAAAUGGAUGACCAGCAUGCUAGGCAAUGAAGCUGUCAAAAUGUGGCUUCUGCCCGCUGAAGCCCACGCGCAGUACACCAGGAACGUUCAUUUUGCUGGCGGAUCAAAGGAUUUUGAUUUCUUGGUUAAUGUAAAAUGAGCAGUGCAAUUACGUGGAUUUUGUUAGACGCGAUUCACAAUUUUUAUGUUAAUAUAUUUGUUAUCAUUAGCAUAGACAAAUUUUCUCCUUUAAUUAUGGUGU